AUGCAAACCGCCCCCACCCGUCUCCGCGCGCCCCCGGGCAGCCCGCCGCGCGGGGAGCCGUUCUGCGGCCGGUGCACCCGCAAGCCGAGGGCGCCUCCGCCUGAACCUUCCAUCGAGUCAGUCCCCUCCUUCCUCGCUUCCUUCCUUCUCCCGUUCCUUCCUUCCUUCCUCGCUCGCGAGGAGAAAGGAGUCGCCGAAAUGCCAACAGCCGGCUCCUGCGCUGCGCACGCUGGGCCGCAGGCCGGCGGCGCGGCCCUCGCGCCGCCCGGCCGCCCGCCCCCGGCCAGCGCCGCGCGGCCCCCUCCCCCGCUACCUGAAGACUGGCGGCCGGCGGCCGCGGCAGCCGCAGCGGUGGCCCGGCGGUGCACGCCGCUCCUCGGCCAGGGUAUUCCCCGCAUUUCCCAACGCGCCGGACCCCCCUCCCGAGGUCUCCCCCAUCCCCGCCCCCUCCGACCCUCACCCUCUGGACGCCCGCCCGAAGCCGGGGGCGCGCGGCGGGAGGGGCCGUGGGGUCCGGCGGAGGCGAUUUCGUGUAAAGUGAAACGAGUUCCUAAUGCUAAAGGAGACAGGAAAAACACCGCGCCGAGGCCACUUACCGAGCCGAGGAACCUAGAUUCCCGCCGCUCUGCUCGCCCGAAUGGUCUGUCCACGCACCCCAAGGCUGCACCCAGUACCCCAAAGUCGAGACGUGCAGGAAUAUGGUUAACUGGCCGGGAGACCCUCCAAGUUGCUCCGGGCUCCCGGGAGCUUCAACGUCCAGGACACAACUUGGCCAAGACUUGUGCCACAGUCACCGAAGAUGUUCCUGUGGAGACCCUCCUCCGGCGGGGAGAGACAGCGCUCGGCGGCGCCCCGCUCGCCUCCUCUCCACCCCCUCACCUCCAGCCCACCUCCCGCCGGCCGCCAGCCUCCGGGCCGCGAGCCCCUCGGGCGGCUGUCAGCUCCCGGCCGCCGCCGGGUGACAGGGGCGGGAGGAGGGCGCGACGCGGCGGCCCGAGCCCAAGCGGGCGAGGGGGAUCCUCGCAGCAGCAGCGGCGGCCGCUCACCUGGAAAGUCACCGCUGAGAAGAAGGAGGAGGAGGACGCACCCAGAUUUUCUGUGGAGAAUGCUACUCUUCACCUACUCUCAAGUUCCUACUGUUUGAGUGGAGCUGACUAUACCUCUAAUUUAUGGGGUGGACAUAUAGCCUAGACUGGGCCAAUAAAACUUCACAUCUGCUUUAUUGCAAGGAGUAAUUCAGAGAUAAACACAACAUCCAAGUCAUGCUAAUCAGAGUCAUUGCCAAUCAGUGAUUUAACUACUGUUGUAACAGCUGAGAAACAGACCUUCUCUUUCUGAAGCUCGCUGGAUAUAAGCUGGAGUUCUUGGUGGCCAUCUCACCCCAUGAGCAGAGCCUGCCUGAGAGUUGGAUCUAGCAGAAGAAGGCAGAGCCACGGCAUUGAGAGUGACGGUCUUAGUCUGUUCGGACUGCUGUAGCAAAAUACCAUAAACUGGGUGGUGAAAUUUAUUUCUCUCAGUUCUGGAGGAUGGGAAGUCCAAGGUCAAGUUGCUUGGCAGACUGAUAUCUGGUGAGAACCUGCUUCCUAGUUCAUAGAUGUCAUUUUCUUGCUGUGUCCUCACAUGCAAGAAGGGGAGGGGUGCUCUCUGUGGUCUCUCUUAUUUAUUUAUUUAUAUUUUGGUCACGCCACACGGCCUGCAGGAUCUUAGUUCCCUGACCAGGGAUUGAACCCCAGGCCCACGCCAGUGAGAGUGCCAAGUUUUAACCACUGGGGUCUCUUUUAAAACGCACUACCUUUUAUCAGCUCACCUCAAGACCUUCAUGCCCUAAUCACCUGCCGAAAACCCCACCUCCAAAUACCAUCACACUGAGGAUUAGGUUUCAAGAUAUGAGUUCUGCGGGGGACACAAGCUUUCAGUCUAUGGCAGUGACUGAGUCCUCACUGAUAUUGUUUGAACUGGAAUCCAGCCACACCAAUGCAAGGCUACUCCUGGAGGGUCAAUGCAUUAUUUUUGUUUCCUUUUGCCAUUUUGAGCUGAGUAUCUCUCAUUUGCAACUGAAAGAAUCCUAUGCUUUUUGUUGAGCUGUUACUACUUUCCCUAUUUUAUAGGAAAAUAAACUGAGGUUUAGAGAAUUUAAGCAACUUAAUUGGUAGGGCAAAAGGAAAAUUGACUGAAAGGUCAAUGCUCUAAUUUUUUAUUUAAUUAAGAUUCUUUUAAAGUUUUAAAGCACUUUUCUCUUUGCCAUCAAGACUUAAGAGUUUCGUCAGGAUAUAAUAAUUACUGCGCUGUAUCUAGAUAGGUCAGCCUUUCCAAUAUUUAUUGGCAGUUGUUGUGUAGUAUUUUGUUAUUAUAAAUAUGAAUGCUGAGUCAUUCCCAAGAAGUAAAUAGUAAAUUUAAGCACUUUAUGAGCCGUAUGAUGGAUGUCUCUGCUUCUGUUCUGUACUGUACUUGAAAUGAAAUUUUAUCUACAGUUGAGCCCCAUGUCUGAUCUAAAAUCAACAGAGAAGGUUUGAAAUACUCAAAUGUGUGCCUCUUAUGAAAUCUAGUGGUUUAAGAAAAAAGCAUGUAUGUACUGUAUACUUCAAAAUAACUAAAUAACAGUAUUCUUAAUGGGAAAAAAAUCCCAUUUUUUCCUGGAACUGUGAAUGGAAAACUCAACUGCAUACCAUUCCAAUUCAAGGAUCUGUAAUCUUAGACCAUUGAAGAGUUCCUCUUUCCAAGGAAUGUUUCUCUGUGUGGUUUCUAAACCUCCUGACUUUUUGCAAAAAUUUAGCGUACCCUGGGAAGCUUAAGAGAAACAGCAAUAUAAGAAUAUCACGGGUCUUCUUGAGUUUUCAUGUCUGACGCAUAGUUCUUCCAUUUUUAUCUGUCAUAUUUAGUCACACUCUUUACUUCAUUUGCUUUUACUGAAUCUUCAGAACAAAACAGCAAGCUCUCAGGUAGUCAUAAGGAUUUCUUUUUCACAACAAAUGUGAAGACAAAAUUUGCUAGGCCUCCGCCACAUGUACUACAGAAACGUGUGGACAGCCAAGUUGUUAGGAAUCUGGUGUUCUGCUUUACUCUUUUAAAAGUCAAUAGUUAUAAUUUCAGAGCACUAGAGUUAAGAUUUUUCUUUUUAUAAUAAUAAUAAUAGCAAUAAUUAACAUUAUAGAGUGUUACUUUGUAAUAAUUAAUAUGCAAACAACAUUAUGCAGAUUUUCUCCAUCCUGACAAUAGCCAUUAAUUUUAUUUGAAUUUCAAAGAAAUUAAACAACUUCCUCAAUUCAAUCAACUAAAAAAAAUAAAAUAUAAGUCAAGAGUUAUCAUUUUAAUCAAACUCUGUAGCAUUCUAUAUGGCAUUUGUUUACCUUACUCAGAUUGUUUCCUAAUUGCCUGCUUCCUCCUGAUGCCCUCUGAACAACAUAUGUGAAUAAAUAGCUCACACAGAGUCACAAAGAGGGUAGAGAGGGAAGUUAAGUUUCUUUAGCUGUUAAGUAGAAAUACUAAUGCCUUCCUCAGGGAAUUUGUGCAGAUUGAAAGGUUAAAUGUUCUUUUCACCUUUACUGUUCAGUCCAAAAAUAAGCACUGUAAAUCUGUAUGUGAAUAUAAGAUAUUAAAGAUAAUUUAGUACCAGUUUUUUAACUCCUCCCCUAACAUAAAAAUUAUGGAAAUACAUUUAAAAUCCGAGAACUAACACAACUACAGUCACCUAUAAAAAAUAACCUGUGACAAAUUAAAGUCAAGUUAGAACAAGAGUAAUUGUACAGUUAAACUGUAUUAGCUACUAUAUCUAUAUAUAUAUAUAUAUAUAUAUAUAUAUACACACACACACACACACAUACACAUAAUUUCAAUUUAAGUUUAGCCAAAUGGAGAAAUCAGAUUUGAGAAAAGCCCCUCUCCAAUAGAUGAAGAUGUUAGAAAGUGAUUUCUGUGGCAGUGCUCUGAUGACUCAUCCCUCAAAUACCAUGGUUUCUUAAUUAAUUUGAGAUCUUUUAAUUAGAUUCUUCCUCAUCUUCACUUUAGCCCAGCAUCUCUGGGUGGGAUCAAUCCCUCCUCUCCCCCACCCUCAUCAUCCCCAACCCCAGCCCAGGCAGCUGCCAGUUAAAUUUUUUUUAAUAUAAAUUUAUUUAUUUAUUCAUUCAUUCAUUCAAUUAAUCAUUCAUUCAUUUAUUCCUGGCUGCGCUGGGUCUUCGCCGCUACACAUGGGCUCCCUCCAGCCACGGCGAGCGGGGGUCACUCCCCACCUAGGUGCGCAGGCCUCUCACCGUGGUGGCCUCUCCUGUUGCGGAGCGCGGGCUCCAGGCGCACGGGCUUCAGAAUUUGUGGCACGUGGGCUUCAGCAGUUGUGGCGCACGGGCCCAGCCGCUCCGCGGCAUGUGGGAUCCUCCCGGACCAGGGCCCGAACCCGUGUCCCCCCCAUUGGCAGGCGGACUCCCAACCACUGUGCCACCAGGGAAGUCCCUGCCAGUUUAAUUGCCACCAGGAAAAGCACUUCAUCACCUAACCGCAAGGAGAGUCAAGUGGCAAUAGGACAUAAAUAAAACUUUUCUUUGCUACUUAGCAUUUCAACUUCUUGGUUCUUAUCCUCUGCCUCCUAACCCUCUCCUUAUCCUUACCCAGAUUCGUGCUCCCCUGGUCCCUUGAGUCUCAUGUCUUCUCUGAGGUCCUCUCCCUGCCUCCUCUGAAGGCUCUCCCCCUCCAAGAUGAUCACUACUUUUUUCCAGUUUCCUUUUCCAUCAAACUCACAUUCUUUCAAACCUGCUGAUCUCAGAGAAGUGUAAACAGAAAAACCAACUAAUCAAGCCUAAAGUGUGAAAAAACUGCUUUUUCCUGCCUGGGAUUUUGCAUUUUAAGCAUGUUAACCCAUACUCAUCUACAAUUAGUGAAAUCCCAUGGAAUUUAAAGGGGAUUUUGGUGACAGGGUGGGGACAUCUAUGGUAACAGACUUCUUCAUUCCUUUAACUUCCAACUCAUUUAUGAAGCUUCCUCCCCCUUUGGUUAGGGCCAGUCUCUAAAGACUCUACAUUUAUUUCCCCAGAAAAGUCGCUUCCAGCUGCCAUCUCAAGCUUGACGGCAAGAGUGCGGCUUUGUUCAUGGAGCAUGAAAGCAGCUUGCAGAGUCCUGCUGACUGGUAUAAACCCAGGAGGAAAUAAAGUUUUUCAUUCAUGUGUGCACAUACACACACACACACACACAUACACGCAUAUGCACACAAAGCAACACUUCUUCCUCAUUCAUGGGCAAACACAAUUUCAAUUGCAUUGGACACUUUUUCACCUUUUUGGUCUUAGAACAUAAAAAAAAAAUACAGGCGUGACUGGUGGCUAAAUACUGAAUUGUCAAUUGACAAGUAGAGAAGCUACAAACUUCAACUUCCUUGGCCUUUGAUGAACUUAUUCUUUGGAGGUCUUAGAGAAUCUUGGGAAGAAUGAGGGUUUUGUGUAAAUUUUAUUAUUUUUGCUGAAUAUAUGAAGUUGCAGUGAUUCUGUCUAGGGCAGUGUUCAUAAAUUGUUGCAAUGUAUUAUCUUUAUUAAUUGCUUUGCACAAACUUACAUCGAAUUUAUUGGUAGAAAUAAAUUGCAUUUUUGGUUUAUUUGAUAUUUUUUGUUUGCGCCCCUUGAACUCCAGGAACCAGGAAGGUCAAAGUGUUCGAGGACCAUAGAACCACAUAUUCCUUCAGUCUGAGCACAGACCCAUGAAGGGAGCAAGAAACGUACAUUGUGUUCUCAAGAACUAAAAGUGAGGCAGGAGUUAUUAAACUGUUUAUGUGAAAAAAAAUUAUUUAUGAGACAGGGUUUGAAAAAAUAGUCUCAACAUUCUUCCACAUGUAUAAUCCACCUUUUGCCUCCACCAUACUACUAAGAUACUUCACAGGCUAAUUCACCACCUGACUUCCAAUGGUCAUGUUUUAUGGCCUCAUUUUAGUCCUUGUAUCCCACGCUUGACACAUUCUCAUAUUGAUCCUUAAAUGCUGGAGCUCCCAGAGUUUCAUCCACAGUCUUCUGGUCUCACUCUUCUUCAGUUCUCAAAGUAGAGGCCCACAAACUGGAUACAGUCCACAGAUACAUUCAAUUUGGGCUCAGUGGUAUUUUAGGCAAACAUAAGAAACAGGAUUUGAAACCUGAACUUUUCAUUUAUUCAUUUAGAUUUUCCAGGUUCCUUUAAAACAUGGAAAGAUUUGACAACACUAGACCAACAUUUAUGCAUAGCUACUUAGUUGGAACUAAAUAGAAGUUGCUGGCCAUUUGCUCUCUGGUUACUAUAGCCCUCACCACUCCCUGCUUACUGAAAUCUCUGGUCCACCCCCUAAACUCUCUUCCAUGAGUGAGUAUUUGCAGCUACUCCUCAUGAGUUCCUCCUCAGGAGUCUUAUCCUUACUUGUGGUUUGAACUACCUCACUCUAAAGUUCUAAUCCAGAACACAUUCUCAGACACCCUACAGUAUCUCUGUUCCCCCUAGAUGUACUGUAGGUUCCUCACUCUCAACGUGUCCAAAACCAAACAGAUUUUUUUUCUCAAUUGCCCCCAAAUUCGCUUCUCCUGUAGUCUCUAUACAGUUAAUAGUGUCACAGUCUGUAAUGGUCAGUUUUAUAUGUCAACUUGUCUAGGCCAUAGUAGCCAGUUAUCAGAUAAACACUAAUCUAGGUCUUGCUUAGAAGGUACUUUGUAGAUGUGGCUAACAUCUAUAAUUAGUUGACUUUAAGUAAAGGAGAAUAUCUUUAUAAUCUGAGUGAACCUCAUCCAAUCAGUUGCAAAGCAACACUGAGUCUUUCCUGAAGAAGAAGAAAUUUGGCCUCAAGACAGCAGCAUCAGCUUAGCUCCUGCCUGAGAGUUUUCAGCCUGCCAACCUCCCCUACGUACUUCAGACUUGCCAUCGCCCAUCAUGGCUCUGUUUCUCUGAAGAACCGUGGAAUUGAUGCCCCAGCCAUUUAGACAUCCAUACUAAGAAUCUAAAAGCCUUCCUCAACUUUUUCUCCUCCAUAGAGCUUUCAUCCAGUCAUACCCCUUUCCAAUUAUUUUUCAAAAUAAUUAUCAGAUCUGAUUUCAUAUUUCUGUAACUUGGAUCUUUUCCCUAUUACUUGGACAUCCAAGUCCAAAUGCCUAAGUAGGGUACACACGGCUACUCAUUUUCUGGUACCUGCCUACUUCUCCAGACUUAUUUCUUACUGUGCUACCCGCUUCCCUGAGGCUGAUGAGCUCAGCAGUGAGCCAGCUGUGUCUGGGUUUCAGAAGCUCGGGUCCAGUGUUUGCAUUUGGUCCUCCUGUUGUUUGCACAGGGUAUCUUCUGCUUUUCAACCUCUGGACUUUGACUUAGUCCCAGCUCCAGUCCCUGGGAAACCCAGUCUUUGACACAUUCUGCUCCACUUGGCCAGUAUCUGACUGACCAGGCCAACUCCAUCUCCUACACGUAGGGAUGAGUUAGCAAAUCAAACAAGGGGGAGGAAUGGCUAGGUUAGAGCCAAGAUUGAGGCAAGAUAGGAGGCUGUGAGCUGAAUGGAGAAAGUACCAGCAGCAAAGCAAAGAAUUUGAGCCCACGGUUGGUGCAAUGGGAAAACAAGACUAGGAGAGAAAUAUGCCAAACUCUUGCCAGGGUGAUCUGAUUUACUGCUUCAAAGACCAUGUUCAUUUCAUGCCCAGAUGAAAUAUCUAUAUUACACAUUAUGACCCUUUUCCGACAUAGGUGUAGGAAAUAGACACUCUUAGGUACUCGAGUGGGAGUAUAAAUUGGAAAGAUUUUUAAGAGGGCAACUUGACAAGUCCCUUAAAUACUUUAAAUGUGCAUUCACUAGCAGCAAAAUAUUUUUUAAGGGAAGAAGGGGUUCAGCUUUAUUAUUUAAUAUUGCUCAAGAUGUCCUACUUAGGCAAUAAGACAAACAGACCCACACUCACCUAUCUACUCUAUUCCCAAUAGUAAUAAAUAAAUUUAAUAAGAAAUACAUAAAACUCAUAUGAAGAAAACUAUAAUUUCAUUGACGUUUAUAUGAGGGCUAAAAACAGCUCUCUUUGAUGAUGCUAUGCUAGUACUCUUAUAUAUAGAAAACCCAAAGAAAUAACUGAUAGUUUCACAUUAGAGUUCAGUAAGGUGGUUAGAAAUAAGGUAAAUAUAUAGAACUAGUUAUAUACAUCAGCAAUACUACUUAGAAAAAAGAAUGAGGAAAAGGAAGCAGUUCAAGUAGGUAAAUAACAGGUAGAUUAAUCAAUAAAUAAUUUGGGAAAAUUUGCUAGCCAAGAAAAAUUAUAUUCUUUCUUCAUAUAACACACACACAAUCCAGAUAGUUUAAAUAUGCAAAUAAAGAAUAUAAUAAUAUAAUAAAAUAUGGGAGCACCAAAACAAAAUAUAGCACUAAAACAAAAAUCUUUCUCGGUGUAGAAAAGCCUAUUGUGACACUCAGGAAAAAAUCCAAAAAGUGAAAAGGAAAAUAUUGACAUUUGAUUACAUAAAUUUAGAAACUUAAAUACCAUAGAAAACUUGGCCAGUAUAUAACAGACUAAGAGGAAGUACUUGUGAUGCAUUUGAAAGGUUGAAUAUUUUUGUUAUAAAGCGUGUCUACACAUGGGAAAAGAAUCUAAAAAAAAAAAAAAAAGAGUGGCUAUAUGUAUAACUGAUUUACUUUGCUGUACACCUGAAACUAACACAACAUCGUAAAUCAACUAUACUCCAAUUAAAAAACAAAAAGAGUGCCUACAUAUCAGUAAGUCAAACACUCAUUAGGAAAUAAGCAAAGAAAAGGAAAAGGCAAUUCACAGAAGAGACUUAUAAAUGAAGAACAAACACAGGAGAAGCUGACCAACAUCAUUAAAUAAAAUACAUACAAAUUCAAAGAAAGCAAAAUAUAAUCUAAUACCUAUUAGGGUGACAAAGAUUAAAAAGAUUUCUAAUCAAUGUGGAAGACAAGAAACACCUCAAGAGAAGAAUGAGCAAAGAAAAGAAAAACAAUUUUUGUACAUCAGAUUAACAGAGAUGAAAAAGACAGACAUAAUGAAGCAGAUAGAGGGAUUAAUCUGUGUUUGUUCUUCCUGUAAGCAUGUUCUACCCCCAUUCCAGCCUUUCUGUUUUCUUAUCUCAUGGAUUUUUCCAGAUUUGCCAGACAAAAUCUCCCUGGCUCUGCCUGUCAUUUGUACACAACUGAACUUAUUGACCAAAUUGUCUGGUUUCAUAGAGAGGUUGGGAGAAAGUGGAAAGAGAGAUGGAGAGAGAGAUGGAAGAAAACAGAGGGUGAUUUACAGGGAAAGAGAAAGUUGGGGUUCAAAGGGUCAUGAGGGCAGCAGGACUUGAGCCCCUGUCCCCGCCAGGGGCAGGGGAAGCACACUUCAGAGUCUGGAAACCAGCUCUAGGUGUACAGCUUUUUAAAGUUCCCCAAGUAUGGCGUGGAAACGGCAGAGUCAUCGGAUGCCUAGGGACAGUGAGGCCCUGGAGAAUAAGCAUGGCUGUUGCAGCCCUGUGGACAGAAGGCUCUGGGGAUCUCUCUGCUGCACUGGAAUAGUUUUAAGAAUCCCCAGAUUUUGCAAGACCUUGUGGCUUGGCGUGGGGGACAGGUUUGGAGGAGAUCCCCAAUUACGUCUGUAAUUUAAUCCCUUUUCCCACGUCAACAGGAUAGAUCACAGAGUCUAAUUUAAGUUUUGUUUUGUUUUGUUUUUUUUAAGUAAAUAAGGGAAUAUGACAUUUCUUGUGCACCAAGGCUCAGUGGCUUAGUUGCAACAUCGUUAACCAGCAUGUGGAAGAACAGGCACCGCCAGAAAAUAAGUGGAACUAUUCAGGAGGACUGUUUGUUAAUACGUGUUAAAAUGUAAAAUGAGGGCUUCCCUGGUGGCGCAGUGGUUGAGAGUCCGCCUGCCGAUGCAGGGGACACGGGUUCGUGCCCCGGUCCAGAAGGAUCCCACAUGCUGUGGAGUGGCUGGGCCCAUGAGCCAUGGCCGCUGAGCCUGCACGUCCGGAGCCUGUGCUCUGCAACGAAAGAGGCCACAACAGUGAGAGGCCCGCGUACCGCAAAAAAAAAAAAAAAAAAAGUAAAAUGAGCAUUAUUUUCACUAGCAAUCUUAAUCCCAGGACUUUACACUAUAAAGAACUGUAUUUAUUGAGCAAAGCGAAUAGAUAUUCUGCAAAAUUGCUUAUAAUGGCGAAAAGAUUUUGGAAAAUACUACUUGCCUAUCAGUAGGAAACAGCUUAAAUACAUUAUGAAAUAAACCAGGGUACAUACAUACAAUGGACUAUUCUGAAGCAUUAAAAGUGAUUAUGUGCUCAAAACAUUAGUCAUUAAGGAAAUACAAAUCAAAACCACAAUGAGAUGCCACUUCAUAUCCACUAGGCUAAGUAUAAUUUAAAAAAAGAAAGAAAAUGACAAGUGUUAGUGAGGGUGUGGAGAAAUUGGAAUCCUCAUACAUUGCUAGUGGGAAGGUAAAAUGGUGCAGCCACUGUGGAAAACAGUUUGGCAGUGCCUCAAAAACUUAAACAUAGAAUAAUCAUACCACCCAGCAAUUCCACUCUUGGUUAUACAUCCAAAUGAAUUGAAAACAUAUGUCUAUACAACAACUUGUACAUGUAUGUUUAUAGCAGCAUUAUUCAUAAUAACCAAAAAGUGGAAACAAUUGGAAUAUAGAUGAAUGGGUAAACAAAAGUGGUGUAUCCAUGCAAUGAAACAUUAUGUAAUGAUAAAAGGGAAUGAAGUACUGAUAUAACCAUAAAAAGGAACAAAGUACUGUGAUGGUUAAUAGUUUGUGUCAGCUUGACUGGGCUAAGGGAUGCCCAGACAGUUGGUAAAACAUUAUUUCUAGAUAUGUCUGUGGGAGUGUUUCUGGAAGAGAAUCAAUAGACUGAGAAAGAAGAUCUGCCCUCCCCAGUGUGGAUGGGCGUCAUCCAAUCCAAUAGAGUCCAAUCCACUGAGGGCUCAAAUAGAACAAAAAGGCAGAGGAAGGGUAAGAGUUACAUUGUGUUGUUCUUGUAAAGACUGAGAAAAUGUGCAUUAAAAGAUCCACACUGAAAAAAAGAGGGAGAGAGAGGGAGAGAGAGAUGAGACAUUCACCUCUCCUGCCCUACGACUUUGGAGCUCUUGGUUCUCCAGCCUUCAGACUCUGGGACUUACAUCAACAGACCCAAGUUCUCAGGCUUUUGGCCUCAGACUGGGAGUUACAUCACUGACUCCCCUAGUUCUCAGGCCUAUGGACUCUGACUGAAUUAUACCACCAGCUUUCCUGGUUCUGGGUUUCCAAACUGUGGGACUUCUUGGCCUCCAUAAUUGCAUGAGCCAAUUCCUAUAAUGUCUCCUUCUAUCUGUAUCCCCAUAUAUCCUACUAGUUCUGUUUCUCUGAGGAACCCUGACUAAUACAGGUACUGCUAUUGAUACCCUUCUCCACAUGAGUUACAUUCAGAGGUUCCUGGUGGACAUACCUCUGUGGAGGCACCAAUCAACACACUGCAGACGUGUAGCAAAAUAUCUCGAAAGAAAUCCUUGAAGGGUGUGAUUUCAAGCAUUAUUAGUUUUUCAUAUACUUAACUGUAUUUUUAAAAUAAGGAACAUGCACUAUUUUCCCAAAACCAGUAGAAAAAAAAAGAAUUGUUAACAACUAGAGUUUGCUGGGGUGUAGAGAAUUGAGAUUUUCAUGUACCAUUGGUAUAAUUGUAAAUUGGUAGAGCCUUUUAGAGGGCAAUUUGACAAUUCAAUUUCUAGGAAUUUAUCCUGUGGGAGUAGUUAUACCCUUGUGCAAA